AUGACAAACCAGCCAACAGCCAACCAGUCCAACACAAACAAGGAGAAGGUGAAAGAAGAAAAACAGCGAGAUGACAACACAGACGUUGUGUAUAAAGAUGCGGGACACUGCAGCCGUAACACCCACAGCCUGCUGCUGGGAUUCACUGUCGGAGGUGUUGUUCUGGGAGUGUUGGCUGGGAUGCUGCUGCGGUACAUGAGGGUGACGGACAGCAGCGCCCUCACUAUGGUUUCCUUCCCUGGAGAAAUCCUCAUGAGGAUGCUGAAGAUGCUCAUCCUACCUCUAAUCAUUUCCAGCCUUAUCACAGGGUUGGCUGGUCUCGAUGCCCGCUCCAGUGGCAGGAUGGGUAGCAGAGCCAUGGUGUACUACAUGUCCACCACUGUAAUCGCUGCCAUCCUCGGGGUCAUCCUCGUAUUGGGUAUUCACCCGGGGAACCCCAAACUGAGGGGAGGCGAACAAGGCUUGGCCCCAAAGAACCAGGAGGUCAACAGUCUGGACGCCUUCCUCGACCUGAUCAGAAACCUCUUCCCUGAGAACCUGGUGCAGUCCUGCUUCCAACAGGUUCAGACGGUGCUGAAAAAGGUCCCGGUGGCAGUAUCGAACCAAACCGAGCCCAUCAUAGUGAACAAGAAGAAGCUGGAAUACAAAUGGGGCAUGAACGUUCUUGGCUUGAUCGGCUUCUUCAUCACCUUUGGAAUCUGCAUGGGCAGGAUGGGCGAGCGGGGAAAAGUCAUGUGCGAGUUCUUCAACAUCCUUAACGAGAUUAUCAUGACGAUGGUUUCAAUGAUCAUGUGGUACUCUCCUAUUGGCAUUGCCUCUCUGAUCGCUGGGAAGAUUGCGGCCAUCGGAGACCUGGAGGUGGUUGCCAGGCAGCUGGGCAUGUACAUGGUGACCGUCAUGGUGGGGCUGGUGAUCCACGGCGGCUUGAUCCUACCUGCUAUAUUCUUCGCUAUCACCAGAAAAAGCCCCUUCACUUUCUAUUCUGGAAUCUUCCAGGCUUGGAUCACAGCUCUGGGCACAGCGAGCAGCGCAGGGACAUUGCCAGUCACCUUCCGCUGUUUGGAGGAGAAUCUGAAGCUCGAUAAGCGCGUAACUCGCUUUGUGCUGCCCAUUGGUGCCACCAUUAAUAUGGACGGCACAGCCCUGUAUGAAGCCGUGGCGGCCAUCUUUAUCGCCCAAAUGAAUGGCAUCAGCCUGGACGGAGGACAGAUAAUCACUGUCAGUAUGACUGCCACUCUGGCCAGUGUGGGAGCCGCCAGUAUCCCCAGUGCUGGACUGGUGACCAUGCUGCUGAUCCUGACUGCCGUUGGCCUGCCCACACAGGACAUCAGUCUGCUCAUCGCUGUCGACUGGCUGCUUGACAGAAUGCGUACCUCCAUCAAUGUGGUGGGAGACUCUUUCGGUGCCGGGAUCGUGGACCACUUGUCGAGGGCGGAGCUUGCAGAAAUUGACGCAGCAGAAAUGCAAAUCCUCCCGCCGGAGGACGAGCUCGAUUUCAUCCCCCCGCCCCCGAUCCUCACAGAAAUUGACCUGAUUGACCCUAUCAAACCGCCUGAACUACCACCUCGUUCCCCUCGCCCACCCAAACAAAACCACCAUAGCCACAUUAUCUCCCAGUCCCACCCCAUCACUUACUCACCGUCCCGCUCAAUCCGAUCUCCAUCACCACGCUCCGUUCGUUCUCCCUCUCCGCGUUCCGUCUGUUCCCAUUCCCCCCGACCUUUCCGUACUCAUUCACCACGCCUCCUCCGCAGGACGGAGCCGGGCUACUGCGCCCUGCCCACCCAUGAUAACCAGGUUCCCACACUGCCUCGCUGCUACAGAGAGAGAGACAGGGAACGGGAUCGGCUGAGGCGAGAGAGUGAAACGGAAGAGGACGAUGAAAGAGAGAGGGUUCUGGGUGAAAUAAGCGACGGAGAGGAGAGCGAUGACACUGCUUAUGAUCGGAGGCACACCAUCCCACCAAGCGACCUGCCAUGA